UACUGCUUCUCUCCCUGACAUGAGUAGUAGGGACAUGGUGUUCCCAAUAGAGGUGAUUGAUAAUGUAGUGGUGGGUGUAGAAGAACCAUGGAAUAAUCAUUGGUUACCGUUUACAAACCUAGACUUGAUUGUUCCACGAUUUGAAAUUGGUUCUUUUUUGUGCUUCAAGAAACCCUCUAAUGGAAGUUUCUCUACCAUAGUAAAUACCCUUAAAGCGUCCUUAUCUCGGGCUCUCACCGUCUACUACCCCCUCGCCGGCGAUAUCAUAUGGAAUCAAGCUGUUGAAGAGAAACAAAUUCGCUGCAACUAUCAAGGUGUUAACUUUGUCACAGCUGUCGCAGACGUGCAACUCAAGGAGCUAAAUUUUUACAAUCCUAAUAAUGAAGGCAUCGAGGCUAAACUUAUGCCCAAGAAACCACGUGGAGUGUUUGCUGUUCAGGUUACGGAGUUAAAAUGUGGAGGCAUAGUGAUAGGGUGCCUUUUUGAUCAUAGGAUAGCGGAUGGGUACUCGGCUGACAUGUUUAUCUCAUCAUGGGCAAACAUAACUCGUACAGGAACUGAUCUGCCUAUGUUUCCCUCCUUUGAAAGAUCCUACCUCAAUCCGAGGUGUCCACCCAUUUAUUCCACAUCAAUUGACAAUAUGUUUGCUCCCUUUUUACCACCAUCCAAUACUAUAAAUGAUCAAAAUGACGAUAAUGGAGACCAUUCACUUGUUAAUCGCACAUUCUAUGUUGAGGGUGAGCAAAUUAAAACGCUACAACUGUUGGCAUGUGAGAAUGGGUGCAUGAGGUCAAAGGUAGAGGCAUUUACCUCCUUCUUGUGGAAGAAAAUCGCACUGAGCAUGGAAGACUCAGGGAAACACAACGGAGUGUGCAAUGUGGUUGUUGCAGUCAAUGGAAGGAGAAGAUUGAGUGAGGGAGAUGGUGAAGAGAAAGAAAAACUGAUGGCUUCAUACUUUGGCAAUGUUAUAUCAAUGCCUUUUGGGUCGAAAAGAGCACAGGAGUUAAGGGGGAUGUCAUUGGCUAAUGUUGCUACGGAGGUCCAUGAGUUCUUGCAGACUGCAACUAAUAAAGAGCAUUUCCUGGACCUCAUAGAUUGGGUGGAAGAAAAACGGCCGCAACCACUGACAUCAAAGGCAUUUGCUGGUGAAGAAAUGGCGGUGAUGGUGUCAGCAGGACAAAGGUUUCACACCAUGGGCGGAAUAGAUUUUGGGUGGGGUAAGGUGGCUUUUGGAUCAUGUUAUGUACCAUCUGAAAGCACGGACUUUUUGGUGAUGAUAAUGCCUGGACCAGUCAACGACGAGGAUUGGAUUGUCUACAUGCAUUUGCCACUGAAACACAUAAACUACAUCGAGAUAGAUGCUAGUGACGUGUUGAAGCCAUUGAACGUUCAUUAUCUCAAGCUUUAACUCAAGUUACAUAAUUCACUGGGAUUGUGUUGGAUUGAUGUUUUAGUUUGGAAAAACUACUUUAUUCA